AUGUUUUUAUCACAAAUGGACUAUCCUAGAGAAGCUGCAGUACAAGAAGAUCCUUCAGUGCUACUGGAAGAUAGCAGAAGACCUAAAGAUGAUGUUGUUAUUUCUCAAUAUACUACUGGCCAGAAAGAGGCUUUGAGAGCAAUAUUAAAGCAAAAGACCCAAAAUGCUCCUGUGCUUAAGGAGGUGAAGGUACAGCUCUUAGGAAAUGCCUCCACAGGAAAAAAGGAAAGUGUUGGUCGUGACACCUCUUCAGCACAUAGGGAAGUUGAUUCUGCAGCAACCAUUGCAGCAGCAACUGCUGCUGCAAUUGCUACUACAGCUCCACUUCUUAAAGUUCAAAAUGAUUUGGAAGCAAAAGUUAACUCAGUUUCAGCAUUAAUUCAUAAACUACAGGAGGCAGACAGACAACUGCAUCAUGUUGCUGAACAGCAAACUAAUAUGAAGACUCUUCAUGAGAAGCCCCACUGUCACGAAAGAGUCAGUGAGCUUGAAAAACAAAUGAAUGCUUUCAUGGUGCAACGGAUUCAGCAUCUAGAAAAGUUACAGGAGCAACAAAUGAAUAUUCAGUCUCAUCUCAUUACCUCUGCAGUCAACACAGGUGGCUUACAGCGAAUUCAUGAACCUUCCUCCAGCCUCAUGACAAAACAAUCUGAGAGGCCAGAACAGCGAUUGCUUACUAACGAAACACCUUCGUGUCAGAGAGGUUUAUUUCCUGCCAGUGGUGGUGCACCAGCCCAGGCAUGUUCAAGCCAAUUUCAGAGUUGUGGGAUUAAUACACAAAAAUCUCCUCUGAAGACACCAAUUCCUCGGAGAUAUGCUCCAGAACCUGUAUCAAAAAACAUGAAAAUCUCAAAGAAAGAAAACUGUGUAACAGAAAAGGAAAAUAUACCCAAAUCCACAAGUGAAGGUGAAGGAAGACUUCUUGAGCAUAUUCUGACUUCUCAAGAAAUGCCAGAGAGGCAGAUUGAAUAUUCCAAGAAGGCAGCAUUAAACAGUAAUAAAAUGAGUUGUCAUUCUGAGAGAGACAGGCAUUCUGCUCUGCGUACAGACUCAGUCCCUGCUUUAGAAAGCUUCCAAAAUUGCAGUUCAAUUGAGAAAACAGUGAAAAAAGCAGAUGAUUUACUUCAAGAUCUUGACCAGUUGAGAAGAAAAAUGCAUGACAUGCUAGAGGAAGCAAAUUCAUGGAAGUCAGACAUGAAUGAUUUUAUUAAGUCAAAAAAGCCUCCUGUUACAUCUGAUCUUCCUGAACGUCAUCUGCUCAAUAAACCAUCCAUCCUUCAAAAUGUUAAAGUGCCAAAAUCUAUACUGAGGGAUGCUGAAAGGAUUUUGAGAGGAGUUCAAAACAAUAAGAAAGUUCUUGAAGAAAACUUGGAAGCUGUUAUUCACGCAAAAGAUGGAGAUGCCAUGUAUAAUUUUAUUAAUGCCUUGACUACAAACAGAGAUGUAUUGGAAGAGAUUCGUAUCAGAAACACUGUGGAUGAGUGGAUUAAAGCAAUCAGUCUAGAAAUCCAGGCAGAAAUGGCAAGAAAUGAUUUGGAACAAGUGAAAUAUGAUCAGAAGGUCCCAUGGAUCAAGAGAGGCCAAAACAUUAAGGGUAUGAAGACCAAUGAGGAAAUUAGAGCAAAACCUCAAAAAAUUCAAAGGUGCUCAACAAAGAAACCUUUAUCUGCAGCUAAGCCAUUACAGAAGUCAGCAGAAGAGUACACAAGCAAACAGAGGUUUAGAACUAACUUUUCUUCUGAAAACUUGCAGAGGAACAAAAAAGAGGCAGAUGGACCUGUGAAUGGACAUGGAAUGGUACAGAAUGAAGACUAUCUGUGCCAAGUUUAUGGGAAACCUAUUUACCAGGGUCAUCGUAGCACACUUAAAAAAGCACCGUAUCUGAGAUUCAACUCUCCGUCUCCCAAAUCUAAACUUCAAAGGCCCAAGGUGAUAGAGUGUGUUAGAGGUACUAAGGUGAAGUCAGCAAGAACACAGACUUCUCGCAUGCAGAAGGUGGUAACCAGCCCUGGGAAACAGCAUCCUUUGUAUGCACUAGCCCAGGAAAAUCAGUAUCUUUUCAGUCCAAGUCGAGAUGUGCCUGCUGUCUGUGGUCCCGUUGAAGGUCACCUAAUUCCUAUGGCCAUUCCACUAGGUCAAACACAAAUCAAUGAUGUUUCACUGCUGCCUGCUGGAGUUGUUAUAGGUAAACCACACCCUAUUACAGUUACAACCUCUGUUCCUCAAGUGCCACCAAAACCACUGGUUGAGAUAAAAAAACCAAACAUAGCUGUAAUAGAGAUGAAAUCAGAGAAAAAGGAUCCACCUCAAUUGUCUGUGCAGGUGUUACCAAAUGUAGAUAUUGACAGUAUUUCAAGUGACAGUGUGAGUGUAAACCACGUUCUUCCAGGCUCUGAACCUGCACUUCCUGCUGUUGAUACUGUAAUACAGACUCCAGAAGAUAUACAUAGUGAGGAAGAAGAUGCAAAGUUUCCAGGAACUAAUAUCAUUGAUGUUGCUCAUGUCACACAGGAUCAGGAAGAGGAGAGGGAUGAAAUUCCAGAGUUCUGUGAGCCUCUUGUGGAGCUUAGCGGACAGUUUAAAGUUGCCUCACCAAAAUACAAUGGUCCUUUGUUUCCUCCGGUGGUUUCUGCUCCUCAGCAGUCUUCUGAUGUUUUGGAUGAACUGAUUAAAAGGAGAGAAACUAUAGAAAACAGGUUGAUAAAUUGGGUGGAACAAGAAAUAAUGGCAAGAGUUAUCAGUGGGAUGUACCCAGUUCAGAAAGAAACCGUGCCCAGUGUUAGCACCUCAGAGAGUGAAGACAGUGACACUGUAACCUCUGAUAUUGUUGAAGUUGCAGGUGGUGGAGGAUUUCAACUCUUCAUCAAUGCUGGCGUGCCUGUGGACUCAGAAAUGAUAAGUCAUUUUGUAAACGAAGCUCUCAGUGAAACAAUUGCAACCAUGCUGGGAAACAAGCAGGCUCAGAGAGCAGUUGCUACUACAAAUGUUCUUCCAAGUACAAUGAUUAUGAUGGAUUCUCUUGUGCCUACUCCAUUGCCAACACCCCAGGCCACACCACCACAGACACCACCUUCAGAAGAAGAAUUACCUCUGGUCAAAACUCCAGAGUCUUCUCUGUCUCUUACAGAAAUGAGUGGGGAUGUUCAUGAACAUGAAAAAAUUAAAGAAACAGGAGUUGAGAUUCCAGCUACCACUAGUCAUGUUGGCACACCUGUGGUUACCCCUGUCAAUACACCACCUAGAACGACCACACCAAGCCCUCCUGCCUCAGAAUGGGUCUCCAAAGCUGCAAAAAUGGAAAGUCCAGAGCCCCCAAACCCAUGGGAUGAUGCAGAACUUCCUCUGGAAGAAGAGAAACCCAGUUAUUUAACUGAAGAACCAUUCUGUCCCAAGGCUGUUGAGAUGUCUGUGGCUAAUGAUGAGGAACCAGAGGCCUUGAUUUUACCAUCUCAGCAGUCGUCAGCAAGGCCUUUCGAAUCGCUUCCUUGCCAUCCACAGGUUCCAUCACCUGUGCCUACAGUUAGUUCUGGGCAGUCCACGCAGGAAAGCAGCCUUACCCUCACGGAAACGGAAACAGAAACUGCAGACAGACCCAUCUCAGAAGGGGAGGUACUCUUCAGCUAUGGACAGGUGCUGGCUGCAAGAGCCUUAGGAGGAGGAGGAUUGUCUCUUCCAAACCUUGCUGAGAGCUUAACCAGCACUUUACGAGAUGCCAAUGAAAUGGAUUAUGAUCCUCCCAGUGAAGGGCAAGUGGUGAGAAGACCAGAUAAAGGCUAUCACAAGGAUCCUGUCCUGACUUUCUUAGCCAAAUUAAAUCAAGCACCUCUUGCUGCACAAGAAGGAAUAUACCAUUUGGAGGAUUCUGAUGAUAGUGUUGGACAGCUCAGUGAAGGUCAAAGACCAAGGCUGACCAGAGCAGCAGAGAGAAUCCUAAUGGGACAUUCAGUUUAUAUGGACCAUUCGACAGUUCAGACUUCUGAGAACAGACCACACCGUUCUCCAUCUCCAGGGCAGCUUGCCCAAAUUGGAGCAGAAGUUCUUGGAGAUGCAGAUACAGCUCGUGGUCCAAUGCUUAUGGCCGAACUGGAAACGCAACCAGUUUCAAAUCCUGUUCUGCAAGAAGCCCAGUCAGGCUGCAGAGUAACAUCUCUUUCAGAGGAUCUGUCCCAGGAGGAGAGCCAAGAAGCUGCACAAGUUGAGACUGUGAAACCCCGUGUUAUUUAUGUGAGAAGGAAGUCUGAAGAGAUGCAUCCAGAAG